CUAAUCGCUUAUUCCUACGACGAUAUACAAAUAUUAUACAACUAAGUACAGCUUUAAUGUGUACAUUACAUCAAAUAAAUUCUGAUGGGAGUAUUGGUUUACCAUUUGGACAUGCUGUUGAGACUUAUGUUUUGUCACUACCAAUUGCAACUGUCAAUGGUAUGACAAAAUCAACAAAUCAUUUAGAUGAUACACUUGAACUUACAGAAAAGGGUCGAAUGCAGCGAGAUUGUGGUGGAUUCGGAAGUUGUGUGCCUAAUUGUUCAAAUUAUGAGAUGAAAAAUAAUUUAAAAAAUG